CAACAUUUACAUAUUCGAGUUCCCAUGUGAACCAGUCUGUUAUAGAUUGACUACAUAGGAAGCUUAGGUGACCUAGCAGUUAAGAUGGUGUGGAGCAAUUGACCCCUAUUAUUAGACGACCCUAGAUCCUUCACCCAGUACUCUUUCUUGACACUUGCCUUUUAUGGACCGUUGGUCUCGUUGAAACAUGUUUAUACCAUGUUAGGGCCAUACGUAGAGACCGAGCGACAUAGAAAUAGGAUUGAGGCUGCGAGUUUGACGAUGUCUCUGAGAGAUCCGACGGUAUCGCCAAUAUCAUCCGUCAAUUACCUAGGUAUGUAUUUAAGGCACGGUGAGAAUUCCCCUUCAUUCCAACCCAUUUCCUUCAUCUGAUAGUCCAUCUGGCAUGCCAAGUUGCAAGUCAACCCAAUUUUUGUUUCACUUCAAUCAUUACUAUCGUUGACUUUCUCAUUCAAUUUGAUCACUUCUUCUCAAAAUGCCUUCUUUCUCUACUAUCAUCUUGGCUCUGGCAGCCGCAGGCGAGGUCCUGGGACAUGGCCAUGUUCGCAGAAUAAUCGCCAACGGAGUAACAUAUAAGGGUUUCGAGCGUUGGUCAAACGAUGACCAGAGCCAAGUCGUAUCCUGGCAUUUCACGACCGAAGACGAAGGCCCCGUUACAGCAUCCAACGUCAACAACCCUGACAUCAUAUGCCAUCGAGGCGCAACCAAUGCUAAGGGAUCGAUUCCAGUGGCUGCCGGAUCUCAGUUGCAAAUCGUGCGAUUUAACACGAUAGGCGGGUUUGAGCAUCCUGGCCCUGAGAUGCACUAUCUUGCCUCAUGUGGCGAUGCUGGCUGCGACAAAGUUGACAAGAACAACCUUCGAUUCUUCAAGUUCUACGAGAAAGGUCUUACCCAACCUGGCAUGGCAGAUAGCCCGACUUGGAACACUCAGAAGUGGGCUACUACGGAAGUCCACAAGAAGGUCCAGAAAGAGGGAGAUGGGUUCAUCGAUACCUUUACCGUCAAAAUCCCCUCCAACAUUAAACCAGGCUCUUACGUCCUUCGGCACGAAGUUCUUGGGCUGCAUAAGGCUCAUGAAGGCCAGGCCGAGUUCUAUCCUCAGUGCAUCAACCUUAAAAUCUCUGGCUCGGGUAACCAGCAACCCGCAGGAGUGCCGGCUACUCAGAUGUAUAAGAGCAGCGAUCCCGGUGUCGCCCUUAAUAUUUGGACAAACCUCCAGUCAUACAAAAUUCCCGGCCCGGCUCGUUCUAGUGCUUUCUCCAAAAGGGACUUAGAGACUGAAAGUGUUUCUAAGCGACACCCACGAGACCUCAAGCUACAUGAUAUUUAGAUUCGUUUUUUCAUUCGGGAUUUUCACGGUUCCGUUGUUGAUGGGAUGAUUUGGAUGUGUAUGAUGUGUUGGGAUUGGUAUUUGACGAGAUAACGAGGGGCGACCAGGACCGGUUCAAGAUGCUUACAUCCCCUACUUCCACAUACAUUCAAUUCUUAUUGUAUAUAUUAAAUGCAGUGUCAAUAUGC